CCAAACCAAAGCAAAACAAACUCUGUCUCUCUUGAAGCUCCCUUUCAGUCACUUCUUUCCCUUCAAUCCUUCUCUUUUCUUUUCUCAGAGUUUCGAUCCUCUGCUCCCGCUUCUACGAUCUUCCUUCCUAGUUUCGCUGGUGACCGUCGAUUUCCUAUCCUCAGUCUUUCUUAAAUUCCUCCAUCACUUCAGUUUUAAGCUCUUACGUUUCCGUGAACCGUUUCAGCUUUGGAUUCGAUCGGAUCAACUUUGUUUACUUCGUAAUUCAGCUUCUCCUGUUUCUUUGAUUCUUUUUUUCUCUUUCUCUGCAGUUGCGCAAGGUAGCUGCAAUUUUGCUUUUGGAGCUUAGCCGAUUCUUAAGAGAAGAGUAGAAGGGAAACGGAAACCGUAUCUCAGGGCUCAAAGUAUCAAGGAAUUGUGUUAAAAUUUUCCACUUCUGACUUCUAGGAACCAACGUGGGGAACAUACUAUCUUGAUGUGAUCCUUCUAAGAAGUUCAAAAUCUAUAAGAAAAGAUGGUGAAACAUCGCCUUAGAGACUCUAUCAAAUCUUUGUUUGGAAGUCAUAUUGACCCUAAUAAAGAAGAGCUCCACGUAGCUAAAGCAGAUAUUGAAGACAAAGUGAAAGAAAUAUUGAAACUUAUUAAAGAUGACAACCUUGAAGAGGAUGGUACCCCAGUGCAACUUUCCAAGAGAGAACCACUUGUUGAACUGAUUGAAGAUUUCCACAAUCAAUACCAAUCACUGCAUGCGCAAUAUGAUAAUCUAACUGCUGAGUUAAGGAAAAGGAUCAAGGGCAAGCGAGAAAAUGGGAGUUCUUCAUCCAGCUCGGACUCAGAUUCAGGUUCAGAUUAUUCUUCAAAGGACAAAGGCAACAAAAACGGACAACUGGAAAAUGAAUUUCAAAAGACAAUCGAUGGCUUAAAGCAAGAGCUUGAAGGGGUGCAUGCAGAAGUGGCUGAAUUAAAUCGGAAGUUGACAAUUUCACAUGAAGAGAAUGCUGAACUAAGUAAACAAGUGGAUAUUGCUGGCAAAAAAGAAGCUGAACUGAGUCAAAGAUUGGAAGAGUUGAAGAUAGAAAAAGAUAGUUUGAUCAUGGACAAGGAGACAGCUCUCCAACAGAUUGAGGAGGAGAAGAAGAUUACUAAUGGCCUCAAAACCCUUGUUGAUCAACUGAAAGAUGAGAAAUUAGCUCUUGGCAAAGAAUUAGAGGCAGUUACGGGUGAACUUUCCGUUCUCAAACAGCAGUUGGAACACGGAGAACAGAAAAUGACAGGUAUAAGCCACAAUCUGGAAGUUGCUGAGGAAGAAAACAAAUCUUUAAAAGAGCAACUUUCACAGGCUUCAAAUGAGGUUCAGCUGGCUCAGAGUAGAAUACAAGAAUUUGUAGCUGAAUCAAGUCAGUUAAAAGAGAAACUUGAUGAGAGUGGAAGGGAAAUUAAUGCCUUUACUCAGAUGCAUGAAGGUUUUCAGAAAGAAUCCUCAAAUCGUAUUGGGGAACUUGAGGCACAGGUCACCAACCUGGAGUUGGAGUUAGAAUCACUGAAAAACCAGAAAAGAGAUCUAGAAGUACAAAUGAAGAGCAGCAACACUGAAGCAAGGGAGCUAGGAGAGCACAAUUCAGGCCUACAAAACCAAAUAUCACAACUCGAGUUGAAGUCCAAAGAAAGAGAAGAAGAGCUAUCUGCUAUGGUGAAGAAACUUGAAGAUAAUGAGAAUGAGUCAUCUUUGAAAAUUUCAGAUUUAACAUCUCAGAUAAACAAGCUGCUAACUGAUAUUGGGACACUACAUACUCAAAAAAAUGAACUCGAAGAGGAGAUAAUUUUUAAAAGUAACGAAGCUUCCACUCAAGUGGAAAACAUUACAAAUGAGGCGAAUGCAUUAAAGCAAGAAGUGACGUCCCUCCAGCACCAGAAAUCUGACUUGGAAGCUCAGUUAGAAGAAAAAGUCCACGAAAAUUCCAAGAAUAUGAUUGAAAUGCAAACUCUGAAAGAGGAAAUUGACAGAAAAAUCCUUGAACAAGAGAGACUUCUGGAAGACAGAGAAAAUUUAGCCAUGCAGCUAAAGACAUUGGAAUCAGAGAUGAACACCAUUCAGAACAAAAACAGUGAAGCUGAAGAGCAAAUAAGGACUAAAAGCCAUGAGAUCAGUCACAUGAAACAGGAAAUGUUGGAGCUACAUGAAAAAAUAGCAGAAAUAGAGAAGAUAUCAACAGAUAGAGAAUCAAAUUUGUUGAUUCUCCGGGAUAAGUUUAUUAGCACAGAGCAAGCAGUUUCGGCUCAGAUAAUGGCCUCCAGUGAACAAAUUAAGAAUCUUGAACAUGAUUUGGCAUCACUGCAGAAAGAGAAACAGGAAUUAGAACAGCAGUGUGAAAAGCUGAAGUUGGAGGUGGAUUCUAUGCAGAACCAAAAGAGUGAAGUUGAAGAACAAAUGAGAACUAAAAACCAUGAGAACUCUGGACUACGAGAAGAAGUUUUGGGAUUGCAGGGAACACUAGCUGUGCUGGAGAAGGCAUUAGCUGAGAAAGAGACAGAGCUUUCCAGUUUACAGGAAAAGCUUCAUGAAAAAGAGAGCGAGGCUUCAGGUCAAAUAACUGGCUUCAUAGCCCAGAUUGAUAAUCUAAAACAUGAUGUGGUGUCCCUUCAGAAUGAGAAACGGGAAGUAGAACAGCAGUGUGUAAAUCUGAAGAUGGAGCUGGAUUCCGCACAAAACCAGAAAGUUGAAGUUGAAGAGCAGUUGAGAACUAAAGACCAAGAGUACACGGAACUGAGAGAGGAAAAAUAUGGAUUGCAGGGUACAAUUACUGCACUACAGAAAACGUUAGCCGAUAAAGAGGCAGAGCUAUCCAGUUUGCAGGAAAAGCUUCAUGAAAAAGAGAGCGAGGCUUCAGGUCAAAUAACUGCCUUGACAGUCCAGAUUGAAAAUCUAAAACAUGAUUUGGUGUCCUUGCAGAAUGAGAAACAGGAAGUAGAACAGCAGUGUGAAAAACUGAAGGUGGAGCUGGAUUCCUCUCAAAACCAGAAGGGUGAAGUUGAAGAGCAGAUAAGAGCUAAAGACCAUGUGAACACCGAACUGAAAGAGGAAAUUUCGGGAUUGCAGGGAACAAUUACUGCACUGGAGAAAAGAUUAGCUGAGAAGGAGUCAGAUUUAUCCAUUUUACAGGAAAAUCUUCACCAAAAGGAGAGUGAGGCUUCUGCCCAAAUAUCUGCCUUCAUAGUCCAAAUUGAUGAUCUGAAACAUAAUUUGGUGUCCCUACAGAAUGAGAAACAAGAAUUAGAACAUCAGUGUGAAAAGAUGAAGAUGGAGGUGGAUUCCACACAAAACCAGAAGGAUGAAGUUGAAGAGCAAAUCAGAGCUAAAGACCAUGAGAACACUGAACUGAGAGAGGAAAUUCUGGGUUUGCAGGGAACGAUUGCUGCACUGGAGAAAACAUUAGCUGAGAAAGAGUCAGAGUUGUCCACUUUACAGCAAAAGCUUGACGAAAAAGAGAGUGAGGCUUCCGGACAAGUAACUGCCUUCACGGCCCAAAUUGAUGAUCUGCAGAAAGACUUACUUUCCUUACAGAAAACAAAAGAAGAAUUGGAGCUCCAGCAUGAAAAAAUUAGUCAAGAACAUGCAGAAAGCCUUGUAAUGGUAGAGAAUGAAAAGAAUGACAUAUCAAGCAGGUCUAUGGAUCUUACGAGAACACUAGAAGAGCGAGAAGACUCAUAUCAGAGGUUAAAUGAAGAAUAUAAACAAAUUGAUGGUUUGUUUCAGGAAUGCGUUGUCAAGCUUGAAGUUGCAGAGAAGAAAAUUGAAGAAAUGGCAGCAGAGUUUCACGAACGCAUUGAGUUGAAAGAUCAGAAGGUAGCUGAUUUGGAACAUACAAUAGAAGACCUAAGAAGAGACCUAGAAGAGAAAGGAGAUGAAAUCAGUACUUUGCUUGAGAAUGUUCGGAUGCUUGAGGUUAAGCUUCGUCUGUCAAACCAGAAGCUUCGGGUCACAGAACAAUUGUUGAGUGAGAAAGAAGAAAGCUUUAGGAAGACUGAGGAAAAGUUUCAGCAAGAUCAGAGAGCACUUGAAGACAGAAUUGCUAUUUUAUCAGCAAUAAUAACUGCCAACAAGGAAGCUUUCGAUGGAAUUGCCUCUAAUGUCAGAGAGUGUGUGAACAGUGUCAUGACUGGCAUAGAAAUUGUAAGCUGUCGAGUUUCUGAUGACUGCAAAAAUUACGAGGAUUGUGUCUCUAACAUUUCACGCGAGCUUGAGAUUGCAAAGGGGCAUGUGAGGGAUAUGAAUAAGGAAAAAGAGCAGCUAAAGAGAGACAAAAGCCAGUUAUUGGAGCAACUGCAAGUUAAAAAUGAAGAAGAAGUGGCUUUGAGGAAAACAGUUGAGAAGUUAGAGGCAAAGAGUAGCAAGGAGGAAUCAGAGAAGAUGAAUCUGACAACAACUGUAGAACAACUAAAGAAGACAGUUAGUGGGCUGGAGAAAAUGAUGAAAGAGAAAGAGGACGGUAUGUUGGACUUGGGAGAGGAGAAGAGGGAAGUCAUCAGGCAGCUGUGUUUGUGGAUUGAUUAUCAUCGCAGUCGCUAUGACUAUCUCAAGGACAUUCUAUCAAAGACUCGCGGUGGCCAGAGAGCAGCAUAAACCCUCAUUUUUCUACGCAGCUCGUUCAACUAGGUAUGCAUCAUGUCAUGGUCGUUCAAUUUCUCAUUACCUCAUUUUUUCAUGUCAAUUGAUUCUUUGUUCUUUUUAUGUGUGUGUCUGUAAUUCAAUUUGUCCAGUAUCAGGAGCAUCGUGUAGAGCUAGUUUUGUUCCUCUUGAAUUUUUUUGAAUUGAAUAAUGUUACAGAGUUUUCUCCUUAAUCGUUCACCGUAAAUAUUCUGAAAAAAGAAA